AUGCCGCGUGCAAGACGAGCAAACAUUGGCAGAGGUUCACGUCAAUCAAAUGCUACAGCGUUAAAUCGAAGAUCACAAAGUGAAGAAGAUCGUGUUCGACGAAAUGAAGUGGAAACACAACGACACAGACAGAGAAAUCAGUCGGUUAAUAGUGAAGCACCAAGGAACCGUCGUGGGCGUACGUCCGUUUAUGAUAUACGUCAAAUGGAACGCGCGGCUUUCAAUUACGAUGCUACCAUUGAUUACAGCAUGCAUGCCUACAUUGGCCAAAUGAAUGUACUGUGUAUACAUUGCAAAGCAAUUAAAUUCAGAAACGAAACGCCUGGUAUGUGCUGUGCUGGUGGGAAAGUUAAAUUGCCGGUGCUAGAACUUCCGGCAGAACCUUUGCAUUCAAUGCCGACGUUUAAGACAAUCAAUUUACAAGCAUUGAAUGAUGGCUACUGGCUAUCAAAAAGCAUCAGCAGCAUCAUCACCAAUAUCAACAAUAUAGACACAAGCGCACAAGUAGCAGAAGCAGCAGAAGCAGCCACUCGCUUGUUCCAAUACACGCCGCUCUGUGCGGAUACGAGUAUUGCAGCUGCCCAACAGUGCGUAUACGUAAUAUGA